GGAAUCAGUGCAACGGUGACUCUUGAACGGUAAUGUUGACUUAGCGGUUGAAACGAAACCUGAUUUUAUUUACUUUCAUUAACUACACGCCAAACGUAAUAAAUACCGUAAAUUGCAUACUAAUUGGUGUAUAUUAAACUUUGGAAGGGAAAAGUCGCCAAAGCAUUCAUAAAGUGCCAAUAAGAAAAAAGGCGAUUGACUGAAAAUAAAAAUAGACGGCAAAAUGCUUCCGCUUCCUCGAGGAGCGGUUUGGCAAACCCUCUUCCUACUAUGUGCAGUGCUCUUUAUAAAUGAAGUCCGUUCGGAAGGCAGAGUCGUCUGCUACUACACCAAUUGGAGUGUCUACAGACCAGGUACAGCGAAAUUCAAUCCACAGAACAUCAAUCCAUAUUUGUGUACACAUUUGGUGUACGCUUUUGGCGGAUUCACAAAAGACAAUCAGAUGAAACCCUUCGAUAAAUACCAGGAUGUAGAACAAGGCGGCUAUGCCAAAUUCACGGGCUUGAAAACGUACAACAAGCAAUUGAAGACCAUGAUUGCCAUUGGUGGCUGGAAUGAGGCCUCAUCACGUUUCUCGCCGCUUAUGGCCAACCCGGAGCGACGACAGCAAUUCAUUAAAAAUAUUUUGAAAUUUCUACGUCAAAAUCAUUUUGAUGGCAUCGAUUUGGAUUGGGAGUAUCCGGCACAGCGUGAGGGCGGCAAGCCGCGUGACCGCGACAAUUAUGCGCAGUUUGUGCAAGAGUUGCGCGCCGAAUUUGAACGUGAGUCACAGAAGACCGGACGUCCACGUCUGCUGCUGACAAUGGCCGUACCAGCAGGCAUUGAGAACAUCGAGAAGGGUUACGAUAUACCCAAACUGAACAAGUACCUUGACUGGUUCAAUGUGCUCUCGUAUGAUUUCCAUUCAUCGCACGAACCUUCGGCUAAUCACCACGCUCCAUUGUACUCGCUGGAGGAAGAGUCCGAGUACAAUUAUGAUGCAGAAUUGAAUAUUGAUUACUCCAUCAAAUAUUAUUUGAAAGCUGGCGCUGACCGCGACAAGCUGGUGCUGGGCAUACCUACAUACGGACGUUCGUAUACACUGAUUAAUGAGGAGAGCACGGAAAUUGGUGCACCGUCAGAGGGACCGGGUGAACAGGGCGAUGCUACACGUGAAAAGGGCUAUUUGGCCUACUAUGAGAUAUGCCAAAAUCUGAAAGAGGACGCUGAGUGGACCGUCGUACAGCCAAAUCCCAAUGCGAUGGGACCAUAUGCAUAUAGACGUAAUCAAUGGGUUGGUUAUGAUGAUGAAGCCAUUGUACGUAAGAAAGCCCAAUAUGUGGUCGAAAAUGGCUUAGGUGGUAUUAUGUUUUGGGCCAUCGAUAACGAUGACUUCCGCGGAACUUGCAAUGGAAAACCAUAUCCACUAAUUGAAGCAGCCAAGGAUGCUAUGCUCGAGGGCUUAGGGCUUGGCAUCAACGAAGUCGCUAAGCCGAAUUCACCCAAGAAACCUUCACGUUCACGUAGUCGUGAGAAUUCGUCAUCAAAAUUAAAUCGCAUUGGUGGCAGCAGCGAGGGUAAGGGUUCAGGGAGUCGUUCGACUUUGAGUAGUGGACGACGGCGUAUACAAUCCAGCACCACAACAACAACGCAAGCACCCGAGACCACGAUAAGACUGACUAAUCCAGAAGGCUCUUCAUUGUAUAUAGGCGGUCGCGUCACUACACCAGCACCACCCACCACGCCUGACCCAGGAACUGACUUCAAAUGCGAAGAGGAAGGAUUCUUUCAACAUCCACGUGACUGUAAGAAAUAUUAUUGGUGCUUGGAUAGCGGUCCGUCUGGUUUGGGCAUUGUGGGCCAUCAGUUCACUUGUCCAUCGGGACUGUAUUUCAACCCGGCCGCUGACUCGUGCGAUUUUGCGCGCAACGUGCCCUGCAAAACGAAGAAAGUCACAACUGCUGCACCUGUAACUAGCACCACGACAACAACUACUACACCACGACCUACAGCUUCCCUCAAUCGUAUAUCAGCCGCUACUUCACGCACAUCUUUCUUUAGGACCACCACUACAACUACAUCAGCUCCAGAGGAAUAUGAAGAAGAAGAUGAGGAGGAGGUGGAGGAUGCACCAGCACAUACUAAAGAUAGAGAUGCCGAAGAAGAUCCACAGGUUAUAAAAGAGCUCAUUGAGCUCAUACGCAAAGUGGGUGGUCUUGAGCAGUUAGAAAAGCACUUGCAACACAAAGAUGAUGGCUCAAUAUCGAUUAAAGGCAGCUCCAGUGAAUCAGGUGUGGCUACUACCCCCACGCCGAUUAGUAAAAAUCUUUACGACAAAGUGCUUAGCAAACCUAACACCUUCAACUCGUUCCGCAAUCGCUUUACCUCAUCAUCACUGUUUAGAAAAUCUGGCCAAACAAAGACAGAAGAAUCGACGAGUACUAAAUUAGAAAGCGAGGAAUCACAGUCUAGUGAAGGUGCCAGCAGCAGCGGCUACUCCAAAUACUCAUCCGUCGUGCGCGGUAAUAGCAGGCAGGGUCCGCAAAAUGAGGGACUUGAUAAGUUGUCUGAGUUCGAUGGUUUCUUGAAAGAAAAGAAACAAUAUGUGACAAUAAACAGACAUAGAGAUGCAUUUAGAGGACAAGAUGAUGAAGAUGAAGUGGAGGAAAAGCAAACUGCUGAAGAAUUAAAUGAGAAUACUGAAGAAGAGGAGUUGAGUAGUAGAAGCAAAACCACAAAGCGGCCAACCAACACAGUUACACCCUCGUACGCAAGCAUAAAACGCACCAGACCAACAACACUUCGUACCGAAUCCGAUGAGGAAGCUGAGGGAAGUGACGAAGAGGUGAAAACUGUAAAGGAGAGUGAAGAAAAGCGCACCUACACCUCACUAAAUCGGAACCGAGGACGGUUUACCACCACUGAAAGCAGCCAGCCAGCAGAGGAAAUUGUAACUAAUUCAAAUAGGUAUAAAUAUCUGGAGCGUACGCGACCCACAAACAGGCUUCAGACAUCGGCCAGCAGUCAAGAUGACGACGAGGAGGAUCAAGAGGAUGAACAAAAUGUAACGGUACAAUUAAAUGGGGCUGCAAUAGAUUCCACACAAAAAUCAACACAAACCACAACACGCAUCUAUGCGAAUAUAGGUCGUCGUACCACAACAACAACAGAGACUCCUAUCACCACCCAAGAAACACCAACCAGAUACAAUUUAUUAGAAAACACUUUCAGCAACAACGAAACACCUGAACCAAUUUUACCAACUACUACUACCACUGUCACAACAGCAAAUGACUCACCCGCCCUAUCCAUAACCAUUAAAAAUACUAAUCCCCAAUUCAUACCCAUUACCACGAAGCAAACCAUUACCACCACAUCCCAACCCAUUAUUUCCACAACAAAUGCCGCCGCUACUACAACAACAUCAAAUGAUAUCGAACUAACCGAUACCAAAUCCACCAUUACCACACUCCCACCAAACCUUGAGUCUGACUCAAAGGAUACCUUAGACCUUUCGCUAGAUGUAAACUCCCUUAUUGAAAAAACUGCCUUAAGUCCCAACGAAAGUCCGAAGGAUAUAGAGUUCGCUGAGACUACAACGUCAAGAACAACGAAAGCUACAACAACGACCGAAACACUGACAAGCACCGCUACUACAGCCACCUCAACUGACACUGACCAAACCCCCAACGGCGAUGAGGUAACGAAUUUAAGUAAUAAUCGCACAAAGACACAAUAUAAAUUCAUAACAAGAACACGAAAUGUUACAAAAUCAACAACAGCAACAAACACUGACAUAGACACUGAAAAUGAAAGCGAAAGCGAAAACAACAAAAUUUUCAAAGAAACAAAAAAAACUAGUCUAAAAACGGGUAGUAGUAGUAGUGCCGAUGAUAAGCUAAGUAGUAAUAUUAGAGGUAAUACCUUUAAAUACUCUGGUGGUAGAAGACAACAACAAACGAACGAGUUACUAACUCGUAAAAAUCAAAUACAAAAUCAACAGCUAGAUUCCUCAACGGAUUCCACAAACAGCAUAACAACCACCGAAUCAACACCCACUAACGAAUUCCUGGGAACCAUAUCUAGCCCUAGACCUUUCGGUUAUCCCAGGCGUCGUACGCGCCCGAAUAAUACCAACCCAACCAGCAAUGCUGAUAUACAAACUACUACUACCGAGAGUUCAGAAGAUGAACAAAGCAUAGUUAAGACGAGGUUAACGGCGACCAGUGCCUCCAAAAAUAAGGUGAGUUCCAAUUCAGAUGUGUUGCAAGUACAAAACGGAUUGGAAACAAACGAUGAUGAGGGCAGCACUACGCGCACUCUUACACAAACGAAAUUGCACACACAUACACAUGUAGUAGAUGUAAUUGACGGUGUUAGUGGUAUACAUACAAAUAAUAGUCUAAGGCAUGUUGUAGAUAGAAACCAUAGCUUAAGUAUAAACGAUACACUUUCAGCACAAGAAAAGAGUGACAGUCGAGCGAAUAACGUGUCCGCUGAGACGCUACAGAGCGUACUCGAAAGCAAAAGCGAACAAUUAGCUAAUACAGUGUUAGAAAACAAAAGUAGGGUUAGUGUAACGCAGCUGAACGCUUUGACGACAAAUACCAAAGACGAGACGCUGAAGGCAAGUAAGUAUCGCGGCAAAAGUUUGACAACCGAGUCCGAGGCAACCUCGGCUCAAAAUGGUGUUUCUGCAAGAACAGCUGACUCUACAAAUUUCCGCAGUCGUGGCUUGAAGAUGGUAAGCGAAGAGAAAGAGGACCUAAAAAGCAUCGACACAGGCAAAGAAUCGGUUAGAACCGCCGAAAACGAAACAAAUCACACAACUUCGACAUACACAACAGUCACUGGAAAUAACGGUGAAGAAAACACAGCUUCGACUGUGACCAUGCAAGCCAACGAAACCACCAUUACCGACGAGGGUAACGGCAUGGUAAAAAUUCAAACAGUCUAUACGACAAUCACAAACUCGGACGAAGCUGAUACGAAACAUCAGAAAAUAAGCGCUGAUCAACAGUCAACGCUAAAUAGUAAUGAAAAUGGUGUGAACAACAACAAAGCAGACAAGACCUACGCCACUAUCAACAGAGGGCACACGCAAACGCAUGAGUCGAAGCUAGAUGAAAGUCACACUGCAACUAACGAGGAUUUGGGUACUAAAAAUACCACCACUUUCGAAACUUUGGACGAUGGCAGCGUCGUGCGUACAACAGUCUAUACCACGAGAACGAAAGAUAGCAGCGGUAAAAUCAUUACCACCACAGUUGAAGAGACCAUUACCACGCGCACGAAAAUCGAAAACUACGUGCCGAGUAGCGAUGGAGAGAACAGUGAUCGCAAAUAUCAAACCAUAACGCGUCGCACAGAUCACACGCAUGAUCCCACCACCGAGACAAUACAUUACAACACCAUUGUGCGCGGUAGUGAUGGCGUAAAGCUAAAUGAGGACCAAACUUCGUCUUUCUACAGAAAUCUCGAAGAAGUUGCCAAGCAAGCGGAACAGAGUCGCAGUCGCAUAUACCAGGGUAUAUCACGUGGUGGAAAAAUUGCACAAACGACGAUCGAAAACGAGGCAACCAGUGGAGUGGUACAAAGCGAAGACAGCAGGUCGGUCGAAAAAAGCGAAGCACACACGAUUGAACGAGGCGCAAGUAAGUAUCAUACAAUAAAUCGUGGGCAUACGGAAAGUGGAUUUGACGCAAGUACCGUCACGUCGAAUCAGCGAGAAAACAGUCGUUUCACGGAGAAAACAAGCAAGAAUGCAAAUGGUGGUUACAUUAGCACAAAUCUUUCAAAAGAAAAGUUAUCAGGAUUGCAUAUAACUGAAGACAAAAUUGAAAGCUCAACUUCAACUAAAAAUAGCAGUGAGAAGAGUUCGAAGUCCUCUGGCGCUUCCGUUGAUGGUUCAUUGGAAGUAGAAAAUACAGCCGCCCAGAUCACUGAUGAGGAAAAUCGCGUAACUACGCCGCGUUUGGCAGAAACCACCACCGAAAGUUACUCCACAACAACUGUUGAUGUUAGCACUUCGCUCCCGGAAAUAGAUGACACUACUAUUAUAACCGCGACAGAAAUUAACAUACCUACUAGUUUUAAAGUACGCACGUCAUCCCAGAUUGCAGAGAAGAACUCUACUCUAUAUAUAUCCAAAGUACGUAGCAGACCAACAACAACUGAAAUACCAGUAACUACAGUAAUUCCUGAAAUUAAAGAGACUUCUAACUCAAGUUCCUCACUCGCUGAGCUUGCAACUCAUAAAGAAACGUUCACACAUCACAGAGGCCUAAUCUCAUAUUCCGCUGUAAACUCCGAAGAUGUGUCUAACGAAACCGCAAGAAAAACUAAGGUUCGACCUACCAUAACCAAAACUUAUGCUGAUACUGAUUCAACUGUUGAAAAGAACAACACCAUACGUCACAGAGUUGGAACUUCGGAAAAUACAGAGAUAAACUCCACUGAAGUAAGACACAUAGCUCGUAGCAGACCAGGAACAACACAUGUCCCACAAACUACUAAGCAAUCGGAAAUUGAAGAAGCUACAGUACCAAAAACUGAAACAAGUCGCAAAUUCCGUGGUAGGCCAACUACAACCGCAGUUCCAAAAACUACUACCCACUCAGAAAUUGAGGAAACAACAGUUACAUCAACUGAAACCAAUCGAAAAUAUCGUAAUAGACCAACUACAACCGCAGUUCCAGAGACUACCACCCAACCAGACAUUGAGGAAACAACAGCUACAUCAACCGAAACCAAUCGUGGUAAAUCAACUACAACCGCAGUUCCAGAAACUACCACCCACCAAGAAAUGGAAGAAACCACGAUAGCAUCAUCAACUACUACCGCUACUCCAGAAACCACUUCUCCAAUGAUAAUUGAAGAGACCACAGUAUCGAUAUCCACGGAAGCCGUUAUAAACUCGACGAAAGCUGAACCCCAAGAUAGCGCUACUGUUAAAGAAAGCACAUCUAUUCCAGAAACAACAACAUCGGUCUCUUUCAUUCCAGAGACAACCUUUUCCAACUCUUCCGUCCACGCCCGUCAGAAAAUUUUUGCACAUUCUGAGCAAAAGCACACGGCUGAUACAAAUUUAAAAGUACGAAGCAAACCAACUACAACAUCUCCUCCAGAAACUACGGAAGAAAUCAUAACAUCAUCUGAAACCGCUACAAAUUCCAAACAGAGUAUAGCGCGGCACAGAGUUAGUGGAUCUACUAAAUACACGGUGAAUGAUUCUACUGAAGCAGUACUCGUACACAAAGUUCGAGGCAGACCAAUUACAACUCUUGCUCCAGAAACCACAGUAGCAAAAUCUUCCGCAACGGAUAGAAGAAACAUUACACGACAUAGAACCUCCGAUAACAUAGAAGAGAAUUUGACAGAAACUAAAUUAAAAGUGCGCAGUAAACCGACUACAACUAGUUCUCUGGAAACCACCAUAUCAUCUUUAGAAACUGACAGCAACGCUAAUAGAAGAAACGGAAUUCGACACAGAACAGGCACAUCCUUCAAUAAAACACAAGAGAAUUUAACGGAAACUAAAUUCAGAGUACGUAGUAGACCGACUACAACAACCACCAACGCGGAGACUGAAGAAACUAUUUUGUCUGGAAGUAAUACCUCUACAAAUAGUAGAACAUUUACACGUCAAAGAGUUGGCUCAAUCGCUGAAACUAUAGAGGAAAGCUCUGCGGAGAUAAAAUCCAAGGUACGGGGCAGACCAACUACAACGGCGUCACCAGCAACUAUUCUCAUUCCAGAAGAAACUACCACAUCGCCAGUAACUUAUUCUACGAUAACAGCAUCGACUACUCCUGCUACUCCAGCUACCACAAGUAUACCAGAAAUGGUAACUACUGUCGCAGUUUCUGUAGGAUCUUUGACAUUAGGCACAAUUGACACAACAUCGGAAGUAUCGAAAGCCGAAGUCAGUACAACGGAUUUGCCACUAACUACUUUAGCACCAGAAGUUAGUGAAACAAGUACUUUGCCCUCAACUGAGGCAGUUACAGACCCUACAGAGGACAUAAGCAAUAUAAAAGUUAUUACUGAAGCAUCAGCUACCACCGAAUCUAGUACAUUUGUCAUUUCACCAGAAACAACUACAACUGCAGCACCAACGAGUACAUUAGCGUCAACGCAGACUGCAACUCCUACUACUAGUGAAACGAUCAGCGAAACUGAACAACCCACAACCGAAAGUAUAGGAAUUAGAAUUGCUCAAAAAAGCUUCAAAGGAACCAAUCACUCUUUCAGUGGAACUGCUUCAAUAAAAACAAAAGUUGGUACUAAAGAAAAGGAAGCGACCACGGAAAAUGUUGACACACAAGUACAUGGAAGUAAAAGUCGUGCACAGACCACACGUGGUUACGUAUUGAAAAAUGGUGAUCAGGUCUCCAAAUCGUUUAUUGACACUUCAGCGAAUCGUAACACAACAAGUCAUACUUAUAGUGCUGAUGAAAAAUCAUCAACUACCAGAUAUUCAAGUAGGAGAGAUGAGAGUGAAGACGAUGAAACCAAAUCCACAACUGCAAGACCACAGACGCGCACCACUUAUCGAGGUACAUACCGGCCGGGCAUGGACAAAGAUGAUUUAUCGUCAUUAUUGGCGCUUGAUGUGAAUAAGCACCGAUCUUACAACGAGAGCCAAUAUAACCUCGGUAAGCGUAUAUAUUUCAAUGGAAUUUACAAAGGGGAAGAAAGUAGUGCAUUAUCAAGCGAACGAAAUUCUUAUCAAACGGUUGGCGCACAGCUAGAAAACGCAAAUACUGACACACAUGAGGGAUCUACUAAAAUUGGCGCUGACGCUGCUACAACUCAAGAUAUUUCCAUAAGAACAAAGACUGUAAAUAAUAGAAAUGGAACAAACUCUAAUCAUCGAAGAACUACUGUUAUUAGAAGAAGAAUAAGUGGCUCUCGAAAUGCCACCAGAAAUAAUAAUGAGAUCGUGGCAGCUAAGUUGGCAGAAGGCUCUGCUGGCAUUAAAACAGUUGAAGGUGUUGGAGAAAAUGGAAGAAUUAGUACUACGUUCACUUCCACGCAGAAGAAGACUGAAACACUAUCACAUAAUGAUGCAGAGAAUUUGAAUCAAAGUAAUUCUGAUAAUAAACACGCUGUUAUGCAGUCAACGAACUCAGAAAGUCUGGGUCCUACAACAGUAGGCGCUCUCGAAGGCAGUUCUAACGAGGAAGAGUCCACCUUAAGUAUGAGUAAAAAGUUAGAGGAAGAUGUUACUAUUCUCGAUAAUAAAAAUAUAACAAGUGAUGCCGUCAAAAGUGAUACGACAAAUACCGGCCACUCAGUAACAUACACUUCAAAAAGAAUUGAGGGUACCUCAGCUGCAGGCGGUGAAGCCGAUGCUAACGUCAUUACUUCAAGUAACACAGCAAAUUCAAGACAACGUACAACGAUCGCCAAUAAUACAAAAUCCAUCAGGAUAUCGGACAGCAACUCCGCAUCAUCUAGCGGUAUCGUAACAACCCAUUCUAAUGAAAAUGUGAAUAGACAACUUAGCUUAUUCGCCAAAAACAGGAAGUUUUUGGAGACUGAAGCUAAUGAAACGUCUACUAAUCACAAUGCAGACCACGAAGACAAUUCUGCGCAUGUUUCCGAGACAACCACAACAAAGUUAAGUGGUCUCAACAGGGUUGUCACUCAACCGACAGUUAGCGAUGAUGGUGCAGUUGAAACGGAUGAAUCAAAAACUAAGGAGUUUUCGAGGAACCGUAGUGCAUCCUUUAGAUCAGGAAGCGGUCGCGGCAGAUAUAGCGGUCGCGCACAGUACUCUAAUGAAGGUAGUAGGAGAAAUGUGAAUCGGUUAAGCGCUGCCGAUAGAUUUUCAUCAAAAACCGAAUAUGAUGAAAGUGGCAACACCAAAACUCAAACCACUUAUACACAAACUUAUAAUAACGGUGACGAUACGCAGAAAACCGUUAAACGUGUUCAUACGAAAACCGUACAAAAAGCGGAGCCAGAAUACGAGUACGUAUACGAGGUUUUAACUGAGAAAAUUCCACCAAGCACACCGCGUCCAGUGACACGUAAUCGCGGUGGUGUACGCUUCCGUGACACCGAUCUGUCAUCCUUACUCUCACUGGAUUUUGCAGCCAAGUCGAAACGUAGACAAGAAGGCGAAAAGACAAUCGUCAAAACUAGAAGAAAAUUAAUAAAAAAGCCAGCGACGAUAACUGAAAGUGAAAAUGUUGAAGAAUAUGAGUACAAUGAGCAGCGCUCAAAUAGCCAAGCUACAACCAGACCAACACGCCCGACUGCAACUGAAGGCAGCACAAUUGUGCGUCGUACAAGACCCACAAGACCGCUGCGCACAACCACGUCAACAACCCAACGAACUACAGCUGCCGAAGAGGAAGACGUAGCACAAUUGGUGACAACAACUGCAUCACCAAAACCGACAACCAAAAAAGGAUUUGCAUUUAAGAGGCCAAUCUCCAAACUGACUUCGCAGACUACAACAACUGAGGAACCGCUUGCCGAGGAACCCCUAACUACUACUACUGAGGCGGCUAUACAAACAACAAGAAAAGGUUUUGCAUUUAAAAGACCAAUUUCAACAACAAAAACGACCGAAGCUCCAGCUAAAACUACAACGGUUACAAGUAAUGAAACUACCGUAGCAACACCGCGACCAGCUUUACGUCGGAAACUCAUAAAAAUACAACGUCCUUUGAGUAAAACAAAAGUCGAAGAAGCCGUGAAUGUGCAAGAAGUAGUAGUGAAGCAAGCUAAGGUCGUGACUAGUUCACAGGAGAGCUCAGCACCAAUAACUACUACCAAUAACACUACAGCUGAGGAAUCCGUAACUAUAACAACCUUCACAACUGAAGAACCACCCAAAUCUUUCACUUCUACCUCAACUGAGGAAGCUACUAUAAUAACAACCACAACGCACGCUGUCGAGAAUUCUGACGAUUCAUUGGAUGUACUCAAGAAGCAAUUCUCUAACGCAAUUGCCAACCUACGGACUAAUGCCGAUGAACCUGUUAACUCCAAAGGUCAUACCACCGUUCUAACCAAAACCACGACAACCACAACAACCACAAACACAGUUGAUGGUGAAACUGUAACCAAUUCCAAAACCGAAAAAGAGAUUACUGAACACAACUCCGUGUCUGAUUUAAAUAAUGAACUGAACGAAGCUGGUGAAGAUGCUUCGCUCUCAUUGCCUAUAUAUCAUCGCAGAAAAUACUAUCAGUACUAUAAAGACUCGCCGGUAAUUUACAUAGGGAAGCCGCAACCACCAACAUCAGCAGAAACCAGCAGCGUCGACAUUAAAAAACAAAUACACGAAGUAUUCAACAUAAGUAACGACGGCAAUACAUCGUUGGAUUCUGGAGAGCUGGACAACAAUAGCGCAGACGUGGCAGUUGCCACGGUAGACAAUAAUAAUACAGAUCAUUUUUUAUUGAAAACCCCCGGGUCAAAGGAUGGGCACCUGGGGGCAAAAUCAAUCGGUACAAAAUUUACAACGUCUGGAGAAGAAAUAAUUGAUGACCAAAAUGCAAAAGCCGAAUUAGAACAGUUAUUUGCAACGAUGCAAACGAGAGAAAACAUAGCGGCUAAGGAAUACCUAACCGACACGAAGGAUGAAAGCAGCAACAAUAAUCGUGUUGGCAAAACUUUUAGAGAACCAAUCUCCACAAUCACACAACUUUCGGCCCUUAAACCCGACUUAGAUUCUGCCCUAACCAAUCCCACUACAGGAAUAACAAUAGACAAAGAAAUACCCACCAUAAAAAUAACUCUACUAUCACAAGAUAAGCAACAACGAAACGCAGAUGGGCGCGCUUUACGCAAUUACGUAACAUUAAAUCGCCUGCGUACUACAACAGAAGCAUCUCCGGCUGAAGAAACCAACACUGCAAGUAAAUAUACCAAAACGAAACGUGUGUACGGUACGCUCAAUCGAAACAGAACUGAGCAAUUGACAAACAACUUAAUAAAUGAAGAAAUUAAAGAUCAAUCAGCAAUUAGCAAGGAAGACAUAGUGAGCACUUCCGGGCGACGCACCUUCAAUCAAUUUAGUAAACCCUCAACACUUCUUAUAGCGAAGAGACCAUCUUCUGAUAAUUCGAAUGAUCAAACCGCUACUAAUAUAAGUGCUACGAGGACUGAUGUAACAAAUGAUUCCAUUGAGGGUACAACACGACGCUCCUUAAUUAUAACUAAUCGAUCGAAGUUUGGAACUACAACUGUUAAAACUUUAGAAGAAUCAGAUGAAAGUAAUUAUAGCGAUGAUGUCAGUUCCACAACUACAGAUUCUUUGAUAAAAACGACACGACGACCGCUAAAUGCUCUACCCAAUUCGAGAUUUAGAACGACGACUACUGAAAGUACUCUAGAUAAAACUACGCGGCAACGUUUAAAUAGUGUUUAUAGUUCCAAAUUAAGAACUACAACUGUUAAAGCCACAGAAGAAGAAGACGUGGAUGAGGAAGCACAAACUUCAUUUGAAAAUACAACGAGUGAACCACAAGAAAAAACUACUAGCCGACCUCCAAAUAGUAGCAACAGUUCCAAAUUUAGAACUACAACUAUUAAAACUAUAAAGAGUGAGAACGAAGAUGAGGAAUUGUAUGAGACAACUAUUUCUUUGCAGGAAAAGUCUACUCUACGACCUCUAAAUAUUAUCAAUGGGUCCAAGUUUAGAACCACAACUGCUACAGUUGAGGAUAAUGAUAGUGAGGAAAGUAAUAGUCAGGAGGUGCCAUAUGCUUCAAUUGAAAGUACAACCAAUGAACUUCUGGAGCAACCAACACAGCGUCCUCUAAGGCCUUUAAAUAGUAGUUUAAACAGUUCCAAUUUUAGAACUACAACUGUUAAAAUUGGCGUAGAAGAUAAUGAUGUUGAGGCAAAUGGCAGUGUGGAUGAGACAACAAAAACAAUUGAAAGCACUACAAGUGAAUCUCUAGGAAAAAGAACUCGACGACCUCUAAAUAGUAUUAACAGCUCAAGGUUUAGAACGACUACAUUUAAAACUGCUGAAGAAGAUGAUGAUAUUGAAGGAAGUAAUAGCGCGAAGCAGACAGAUGCUUCAAUUGAAGUCACCACCAGCGAGCCUCUAGCAAAAACUACACGCCGCACAUUAAAUGUUAUCAAUGGCUCAAGAUUUAGAACAACAACUGUUAAAACUACCGAUGCAGAUACCGAGAGUGAAGAAAGUAAUAUUGACGAUGAGAAAACAGCUUCAACAAGGGCACCGCAGCCAAACACAACUCGACGACCUCUAAAUUUUAUUAACAGUUCCCGAUUUAGAACAAUAACGGUAAAGUCAAAAGGUAGUAUUGAAGGGGAAAGUACUGAUGCUAACACUCUGGAGAGUUCGAUAGAUACCACCACAACUAAACCGCUGGAAACAACAACUCGACGGUCAUACAGCAGCAUUAAUAGACUCAAACUCAGAACCACAACCGCUGGGAGUGUGGAAGAACAAGACGAAGACAGUGCAGACAAAUUAGUUAAAGAGGACGUCGGCACCACCACACGUCGACCACUGAUUGCCUUAAACAGGUUUAAAACUACAACAGAAUCCGCUAUAAGAGAUCAAAAUAGUGCUGAGGACUAUAUACAGGAAGUAACUUUAACAAAAGGCACAACGCGACGACCAUACACAGCUGUGAACAGGUUAACAAUAAAAGCUGCGACACGGGACGAGGAAAGCUCGAACGAGCAAACCGCCGAGGUUGAAGCCAGCACAACAACUGUUGAUACACUUAAUACAACCAAGGGCAAAACACGUGUAUAUGCGGUGUUGAAUCGUAAGACUCUUGUCACCAAACCACCAGUGGUUAUCUCGGACGCAGUAGAUACGACGAGCUUCGAAAGUUCAACUGAAAACGGAUACAAACGGAAUUAUACAACUUUGAAUGAAGUUAGCAACAAAGACACAUCCAGUAGCGUUGCCAAUUCAACGAAUAUUGGUAAGGGAGAGAAAGUGGAAGACGAAGAAAAUGUGCGGAUCAUAGAAGCUACAACCAAACGCACAUAUUCAACUUUAAAUCGCAUUAGCACAACCACUGAAAGUUCAGAAGAGGUGACGGCGAAGGAUAAUGCGGCAACUACAAGUACGGAAGAGAGCUCCAACACAAUAUUUGAAAAAAAUGAGUCGAAGCAGUCCGAGGAGAACACAACCGAAACUGUAACCGAUAGCAGCUAUAACAGCACCGCUAGCAGCGUAGAAAACAUUAACACAAGUACAACAGAGAAUGAGUAUGAUAAUAAAGCAACGCGUCGUCCAGUUCUGAUAAGAAAGCGUAUUUACGUAACAACUACUACAAGUGCGCCAAGUGAAGACACCACCACUGAAAAUAGCAUCGAUACUACUACGGAAAGCACCGGUCGACGAACUGUAAAUCUUAGAAAACGUAUACAGAGCACCACAACCCAAGCACCAACCACUGCGGCUGCUGCAGAAGAAACGAACAAUACGACGACUAAGCAAAACACUACGCUUAAAGCUACACGUGUUCCUUUGCUCAUACGUAAACGAUUGAAUGCAACGAGCACAACCACCACAGAAACGCCAAACCUCGUCGAUGUAACGUCUACGAGUGUUGAAACUAUAACGCGUCGUCCAUUUGCUGGUUUUAACCGACAGCGUCUAAGCACUACAACGCAGUUGCCAGCGGAGUCACUUACAAAUGGAGAUGACACAGAAUCGGCAAAAACAGAAUCAGAAUCAGAAUCAAGCAGUACGAAGAAAAUCGCAUUUGGACAGACAAAUCGACAUCGUGCGCUCCUGCUGCCGACAACUGAAACGUCAACGACUACCAUAGAGACGAUUGAUACAGAUUCAACAACGCGUCGCACUUUCGGCAUUAAUCGUGCGAAAACGACCAUAGUGACACCUGCCAAAAACGCAGAAAAUUUGACCACCAAGCGCACUUUUAAUGUGUUUGCCCAAAAGACACGACCAACCACAACAAAACGACCUCUACUACCAAGCAUCAACCGAAGUCUGUACCAAACGGCUGAAGAAGUAGAAGAUGUAGAUGACAAAGAAUACAGCGAUGAAUAUGAAGAGGCGCUAACACCAAGCAAACCGGAAUACCAGCGACCACAGUUCUUCACAAGCGAACGCACACGACUGCAAGCCGUCACGCGCCGUCCAUAUAAGCCAUCAAGCGCCGCAGAUAGAGAAUACUACGAUGAAUAUGAGGACAGUGAUGAUGAAUAUGAUGAAAACUCAGAUGAAAAUAGUGAACCGAAUCGUGCGGCAUUUGGCCGCUCGCCAACCAAACCACCUACGACCGAACGACAGCAUAGCUUGCAAAACUUGAGAGACCGCGUCAAGUUUAGUCAAACACGUGACGAAAAUAACGAAGGCGUCGUAAACUCAAGACUGCAACUGCUUGCAGCCAAUAGGGCCAAGACCACUGCGAGACCAACCACUACCGAUACUGACAAAAAAGACGAACGUAUUGAUGACGGAGACACAAGCGCUGAGCACGACAGCCACGCACUUAAUGUAAAAAAUAGCAUAGUUAGUUUGUUCGCAAAUCGUAGUAAUACUAACCGUACCAGCACUUUAGCUAACACGUUAAGUGGAACUAAAAUUAAUUUAAGUCUCAAGUCUAACAGCGCACGAAUAACCGAUGAUGUGAGUAGUCAUGUAGUUAAAGAAGCAGAACGUGAGGCUGAUAAGCAGUUUGAUAAUGUUGAUUAUAAUGAUGUUGAUAAUGAUGAUGAUGUUGUAGUACCAAGCACUAAUGAUAAGGGUAAUGAAGUUAAUUCUAAACGACGUUUUCAGAAAUAUCAAUUCAACCGCGCAAGAUUCACAACAACAACGACUACUACUACUUUAGCGCCAACAACAACAACGUCGGCGACGCGUGCCGCUACUAACCAAUUUACGCCCAAACAAUUAUACCAGUCGAACAGAAAUAGAACAGCAACAAGAACAAAUCAGGUAAAUGCGUUAGUAGAUGAUAAAGGUGAUGAUGAUGAUGAUGAUGAAGAAGAUGAGGAUUAUGAGGAAAGUGAAGUAAAUGAAGACAGCACAAUCACAACCACCGAAAGCACGUUAACCACUAGUCCAGCUCCCACACUGAGACGUAUACGAGUGUUAAAGUAUCGCCGCCUAGUUGGCGACAAUAGUAAUGCUACCUUAAUUAGUACUAGCGUUAAUGAUAAUAGUAAUUCUACAAUUUCUAGUGUUACUAAUACUACCAACACUGUUAGUGAAAGUUUAGAUACACCUGUUUCGUCCGAACAGCAAGUAGAACGUACUAGAUUAGCACCCUUUAAUGCCACAAACCCUGAUACACAAAAAACCCAAAGUGAAAGUCCUGCAAAUACAGAACAAGUGCCAACAAAACGUUUCCGCAAAGUUAUACGCAAGUUAAUACGACCGUUGAAUCGUACAACCGAAGCAACGCUGUCGAAAGAAACUAAAGUAGACAAUGGAACAACUCUUACAGGUGCGACACGUAUCAAUGGUACACGUUACGGCUUUGGACGUGGGAACAGCUUCCGCGCACAAACCGUUGACGCAACGGGUGUGCGUGAGAGUGACACCAUUACCGAGGAUAGCAAGCUCAAUAAAGCGCGCACGAACUUAUUUGGCAAAGUCAAUCGUACGCGCUUCGGUAGCGAUGUGAAUUCGGGCAGUACUGAAAAACAAUAUGAAACCGAUGAAGAGGAUAGUGAAACCGAUACCGAAAUCGAAACGGAAACAGAUACUGAAGCUGUUACCACACCUGUAACAACCCAAAAGCCACGCGCUGCCUUCAUACGGCCGAAAUCUAAGGACACCACGACCGUUACAAGUGGUUUUACACUCCCGACGCGACGUCCGUUUGUGUUUUCGCGCGCGAGUAGCACAACGAAAGCGGCUGCUGAAAAUGCGGAAGAUGGCGAGGAAGAUGGAAAUGAAGACGAAAAUGAAGAAGAUGCUGACGAAGAAGAAGAUUAUGAUGACAUUGUAGAUGGUACGUCAACACCAGCAUUGGAGCAAGAGAAAGAAAUAGAGAACAAACAAAGUAAUGUAACAGUUGUCACAGAAUCUACCGAAAAUAUCAGUGCUGAGCAAACACUGUCACCGCGACCAAUUGUAGGAACCACACGUUUGAAAAAACUACUGCCACAUGUCAAUGCUACAACUGCAAUCGCCACAAAUGAACUCGAAGAUACCACGGAUACAGACAGCAACACCAAUGAGACGCCAAUAAAAAAUACACUACCCAUAACCAGACGUCCUUUCGGUUUACUUGCACGUACCAAAGCCACACAAAAUGAAACUGAAACGGAGAGUAAUACUGAGGAACAGGAUACGGCCGUUAUAGUAACCACUACUAUACCGAGACGUCCCUACAGUAUAGAGUCACGCUUGAAAGUAACACAAAAUGAAAGCGAAAGCCAUGAUGAAGAACAAAAUAAUGCUGAAGUAACUACCGCCAUACCUAGACGUAUAUUUGGACUUGGCGCACAGACGAAGUUAAAACUAAAUGAAACUGAAAAUGGCACCCAAGUAGAAGAACAUGAAGAAGCCACAACGAAGAGUACGCCGCUGGUGCGUCCAACAUUCCGUAGAAAACUAGUCGCCAGACGCCCAUAUGUGCCACCAAAGGUAUCCGGUAUUACGAUCUCAACUACAGUGCCAACCACACCGAAGCCGAAACGCAAAUUUGUACGCCGUAAAUUCGGACGUUUCCAUCCUUUCAAUUCCGUUAACCGCAACACAGGUGAAGGCUUUGUGCGUACAGAUCCACGCGGUCAGUUGCUGCCGGAAACCAAACGUUUCCGCAUACAGGAUGGCAAGCGAGUGCCCAUACCGGAUAGUGAAACUUUAGCUGAAGAUGAGGAAUACGAAGAAUAUGAAGACGAAAAUGAUGAAGAUGAGGAUGAGGAUGAGGAAGAAACAACCACGAAUGAUGAACAAAACAAACCACAAACUCCAGUACCGAUCGUACGUCCGGUUACACGUCCAACUGGCUUGUUCAAUAAACCACCAACUACAUUGUUAAAUUCCUUUAGAGAAAAGGCAGCAGAAACUGAAACGGACACUGAAGAAAACGUGGCUAGUGAAAAUGAGGAGGAAGACGAAGACGAGGAGGAAGACGAAGAUGAAGAAAAUUUCGAUGCGUCAGGCGAUGAUACAAAACAAGCAUCACCCAAAUUCAAUACACCUACAUACCGUCCUAAAGACAACCGGGUACCACCCGGUGCACGCCCCACAUUACCCUUAACCUCUACACCUACUUCAGGUAAUGUGCCCUUUAACGGCAGAGCCCGCCAGCCACCAUCCUCAGCCGAACGCACCAAUGGUAAUCGUUUCGGUACCUCUGCACUUGGCAACACGCGUGUCACAAACAGACCGCGUGUUGUUAAUAGGCCACAAGGUGUAGUGCCACCAAGUCUGCCACUCAAACCGAUUGCCACCACUUUUGAGCGCACCACACCUGUGGUACCGACAAAGCCGGCACCAUUUAUACCAACCAACACACGUUCCUAUGAACGGAAAUACACAGCCACCUCCACAGAGACACCGGAAACCAUUAGCGAUAAUUCACUUAUUGAAGAUUUAAAUAUCGAAGCACUAAAUGCACGCAACAAAAAGAUAUUUGACAUCAAUAGCAAAAAACACACUACCCUAAAACCGAAAAUAGCCAUUCCAGGCGCCAAACAAACACCAACAGAUCAACAACAAGAUACACAAGAUCCCUUCAAACAAAACACAGAAACAGAAAACGAUGAUGAAUACACAGCAGAUGUGGGCGGUGGUGAACAGGGUUACAUAACCACAACACCACGCACAUCCGCCGCAAGCGACACGAACACUGAUUAUUAUGUCAAUGCUAAUAAAAUCUCUUCACAGGACAAUGGGUCAGUUGGUGAGCGUACUAUAUUUACGACACCGCAAACACCGACCACGACUCUACUGCACGUAUUCACGCAGACCGAUGACGAGCAAACUAAUCGGCCACCAACCGACAGCGUAAAAACAAUUGGGCGAUUGGUACCAGAGAGGGCGCGUCCCAAACACAAAGUGGUAGAGAUCAAUCGUAUUGUUGAGAUCACCUCAAAGGCCGAAAAGCUGCGACGCAAAUCGAAAUCAAAUCAAGAAUUCUUCAAAUCGAUCGGGGAGUCGCAACUACAGGUCGAGUCUUUGCCACAUUUAGAGCAGCUGGGCGAAAUCAGCGUAGUGAAAUUUGUGCAUUUGGUAGAUGGUAGCGAUAUCUCCGUUGAUGGACACAGCACUGUUACCGAUUACACUCCAACAGAGGCGACUGCAUCAGCGCCUGUAAGGAAUUCGUUGCCCGAGGGUGUGCCUUACUUUGUGCCACAAUAUGCCUAUUCUACGGAGAGUGCACAAGUGCGCACUACUUUGGAACAACGUAACGGUAAAGCAUUGAUACCCGAAGUUAUACGCAGUUCAGUGGAGUCCUCAACCAUCUCCUUGGAAGGCUUAUUCGAAGGUGGACGCCAAGGUAAAGAACUCAAUUCUGUAAAUAAUGUGUACUACAUAUUCGGUACUGACGAAACAACCACAACUAGUACCGUUAACAUAAAUGAGAACGCAAACGUUAACGUGAAUGAAACACAAAACAUAGAAUUUACAACACCAAGUACAAGCACGAGCUCUAGUUUUGCUUUACCGACAGCCACGACAUUACCAACGACAGAAACAUCCACCACCACAAUUGCAAGCGCUUUGCCCUUAAUCCCGCAUAGCGAUAGUGUAAAUAACAUUCCUAACGAAGUCUCCACAAAUUUAGAAUCCACAACGAUUGUAGGUAAUACCGUAGCUGAAGAUGAGAACACAACAAAAAUGCCGUUGAUAGCAAACUCAAGCAAAAUUGAAGCAACUUUCAGCCAAUACAAUGCUAAUUUAGCUGAAGUUAACAGUAAUCUCGUGGAAACGACUACAUCUACAGCGAUAGCCACCGAAGAUACGGCUAGCACCGAUACGGCGGUGAAAUCAAGCACAUACGUAAGACCCGUUGUACCAUUACCACUCUUACGACCCGAAUCCAAUGAAUCCUCCCCCCUAGUCAUAACCAUAGCCAACCUCGACAAAGUCAUACUCAGUAAAGUGGAUCGCACAGUCUCAGCCGAAAAUAAGGCGGCCUCCACCAUCACUGACCAAACCCAAUUAACCGAACCCAAACCCGCUGACUCGAAUGCAGAAUACUCCAGCCGUUUUGCCUCUGUCAUUCAGGCACCCACUAAUCUCAUACACGACACAAACGCCAAAGCGCAAGACGCAGGCGCGAAUGUGUCUAAAACCGUAGCUUUCAGUGUUGGUAAUAGUAGUGACAGUGAUAGCGCUGCAGGUUCUAGUGUUAGUACGAAUACUACGAGUAGCUUAAGUAGUGGCAGCAUAGUGAAAGAAGUGAUAAGCUUUAGCACCGAGACACAUGUGGUGCGUAAGAAGAAAUCGCGUAAACAUAGGGCGCGUAACUUGCAGAAAUCUGGUAAGCCCAGGCCCACCACAGUGGCGCCAGCUGACGCGCCUGUCGUAACAGUAACCCCAAAUGUUGUCAGCAAUGAUGAGGGUUACCAAACUAGCAGCACAAGCGCAAGCGUUACAGAGUUGCCAACAACAACGCCAGCGCCGAUAACGACGCCGCGAGUGCGUGUCAUACAAUUCGAUUGAGAAUGUUUAGCGCUUUAGUUUAGCUAAAUUUAAGUGAAAGCUUCUGCAGUUAAUAACGCAAAGAGCUUAUAUUAUUACAUUGAGCUACGUGAGUUGGUGUACACAUUUACAUGUGUGUAUACUGUAGUAAAGAAUAAAGGGUGCAGCGCGUAGGUUUGUUUAUUUAUAUUAUUAUUAUAAAUUUUUUCACAUAAAAUACUCGUCGUAGCUUAUAAACUUCUAGUCUUACCAUUAUUUUGUGCGUCUUUUAAGCUGACGAUUUUAAAUAUAUUUUGUUAUUCUACUUAAAUGCAAAUAAAUAUGUGAAAAAGUGAAAUAAUUAUUUGCGUUCGCUUCUUAACAAACAUAAUUAAGUAUUCUUUCAAGCAACCCACUAAAUUUAUGCUCUCUUUUGAUGCUUUCUCCUUUUCAUGCUCACUGUCACUCUCUUCAAAUGUUCAUUUUUCAUAUACCCAACGCGUGUGGCUCUAAAAUGUACGUAAAUAACUUCGUAAAUACUUAUAGUGUCAGCACAUUAGUCAAGCUUUAAGCGCUAUUAAGAGCGCAUUAGAAGAGAGUUGGUUUGUAUACACAAGCAGCUGUCAAAGUCCAAACUUUGGACAAUGCUUUUAUAAAAAUAAGUAUUAUCCAAAUCACCGAAAUAUGUUCGCAAAACAUGAAGGGUAUUUUCUCCAUCGGAGAUCUCGACAACAACGUAACAAAGAGUUAACAUAAUAAUACUUAAUUUCAAGCUUGAAAGCUAAGUAUUCGCGUUUAACGAAACUAUCGAACCUUAAUAGACGUUUCGUUUCAAUUAAUUUAUUUUGUCAAUAUAUUCAAUAGAGUUUCUAUUCACUUAUAUAACACUAUCUAAAAAACUUCUGUUUCUACCAACUUCAAUAUAUAAAAAUUUUAGACCAUACUUCUCUAUUCCAUCUAAUAACUACACCGCUCUCUUGAAAAGCAUUUGAGCAAAUGUUCUCUGAUUUACCUAACAAAUAAGAACCUGUCUUCAAAGCUUUUCAUGCAAAUUCUCUCUACUUUGCAAGAACUCUUUGAAGCUUUUAUGGUAUAUGUUCUAUCUAACAUAUAAAUCAAUCUCUCCUCAAAACUAUAUCAAAAAAAUGAUCUCUAAAAUGAAAUUCCACAUCUAAAAUCUCUAACUUUUUAAUUAAAUAUUUUGAAAUUCGCCUUGAACAUAAUGUGCUCGAAGCUCUAAAUGUCAUUUUGUAAUUACAAAAAUUAUUAAAAAUUUUGAAACCGCUUUCCUUACAUAGAAAUUCGCCUUGAGCCUAAUGUGCUGAAAGCUUAAAAGUCUUUUCUGAAAUUACAAAAAUUAUUAAAAAAAUUUUAAAUCGCUUUCCUUACAUAGAAAUUCGCCUUGAGCCUAAUGUGCUGAAAGCUUAAAAGUCUUUUCUGAAAUUACAAAAAUUACUAAAACUUCUCUGCAUUGGGUAUAAAAAGUUCGGUUUUAUUCGAGCUUAGUUUUCUAAAUCUAUCAAUCUGUCAGAAUCAAUGUAUUUGACUUGACUAUAUACUUGAAAAAUUUUAUAGGUUUUUGUCUAGACUAAUUUAGAGCUUUUUCAUAACGUUUAUUCUUUACUUAACUACGUAUUUAGAGUAAAAUUUUUUAGUUUGCUGAGGAAUCGUUAGCUUUUCUAGGUAUUUUUCUCAUAUAAAUGCAUACAUACAUUCAAGAACAAGCAUAUGUCCGCUGUCAUUUAAAAAGUUCAGCUUGUAUGAAGGUAACUUGCUUGCUAUGCUGCUGCUUUUCGCUACAUAUUCAUAAGCUUUUUUGCAUAAAAAAGAAUCGAAACAAAAGCAAGAAAUCAUAUAUAAAAAUUGAGUCAUAAUAGUAAAAAUUUGCUU